AUUUCACCGGCAUGCCUCUUCAAGUCUUCAUACCCACCAGCUAUAUAAGCCCUGUAACCUCACGAAUCUCCCCUCAUCGUCUUCCUGUUCUCAUCCUCCUUACCUGCUCUUCAUCUGAUCAUCGACACAAUCCCCCAUAUUGAAACCAUGGCGAAGCAAUGCCCCAUCCAGAAAGCCAACGUUGGUGGAGGCGGCACCAGAAACACCGACUGGUGGCCCAACGAGCUUAAGCUUAACAUCCUUCGUCAGCACACCAACGUCACCAAUCCGCUGGCCAAGGACCUCGAUUAUGCCGCGGCAUUCAAGACCUUGGACUAUGACGCCCUGAAGAAGGACAUCACUGCCUUGAUGACGGAUUCUCAGGACUGGUGGCCUGCCGAUUUCGGUCACUAUGGCGGUCUCUUCGUCCGCAUGGCCUGGCACAGCGCUGGUACCUACCGCGUCUUUGACGGCCGUGGUGGCGGUGGACAGGGUCAGCAGCGAUUCGCUCCGUUGAACAGCUGGCCCGACAACGUCAGCUUGGACAAGGCACGUCGCCUGCUCUGGCCCAUCAAGCAGAAGUACGGAAACAAGAUCUCCUGGGCCGAUCUGUUGCUCCUCACUGGCAAUGUCGCCCUCGAGUCCAUGGGCUUCAAGACCUUCGGAUUCGCUGGUGGCCGUACCGAUGUUUGGGAGGCCGACGAGUCAGUGUACUGGGGAGGCGAGAGCACAUGGCUGGGCAACGACGUCCGCUACUCCUCCGGCAAAGAGGGUCUCGGUGGGCAGGGCGUUCUGGGUUCUGAUGAAAGCAAGAAAGAACAUACCGACAUCCAUUCUCGUGACCUGGAGAAGCCGUUGGCAGCAGCACACAUGGGCUUGAUCUACGUUAACCCUGAAGGCCCCGACGGCAUCCCGGACCCGAUUGCUGCGGCUCGGGAUAUCCGCACCACCUUCGCCCGUAUGGCCAUGGACGAUGCGGAGACGGUUGCAUUGAUUGCCGGUGGUCACACCUUCGGAAAGACUCACGGCGCAGGGCCAUCCGACAACGUUGGCAAGGAACCAGCAUCGGCUCCCAUCGAACAACAGGGUCUUGGCUGGGCAAGUGGGUACGGCUCCGGUAAGGGAGCUGACACCAUCACCAGCGGUCUGGAAGUCAUUUGGACAAAGACUCCGACCAAGUGGGGCAUGACCUUCCUAGAGUAUCUCUUCAACAACGAGUGGGAACUCACCAAGAGCCCGGCUGGUGCCAACCAAUGGGUAGCGAAGGAUGCCGAAGCCUCCAUCCCCGAUGCCUUCGACCCGAACAAGAAGCAUAAGCCGCGUAUGCUGACGACUGACCUUUCCCUGCGCUUCGAUCCCGCAUAUGAGAAGAUCGCCCGAGGGUUCCUCGCGAACCCCGAUCAGUUCGCAGAUGCGUUUGGCCGUGCCUGGUUCAAGCUGCUCCAUCGUGAUAUGGGCCCGAGGGCUCGCUGGCUAGGCCCCGAAAUUCCAUCGGAAGAGCUGAUCUGGUCCGACCCAAUUCCCGCCCGUGACCACCCGCUCAUCGACGACCAGGACAUCGCCGCUCUUAAGAAGCAGAUCCUGGACUCUGGCGUCGAGGGCACCAAGUUCCUCUACACCGCCUGGUCCGCGGCAUCCACGUUCCGCGGCAGCGACAAGCGCGGCGGUGCCAACGGUGCCCGCAUCCGCCUUGCGCCUCAGAAAGACUGGAAGGUCAACAAGCCCGACCAGCUGGCCGAGGUGCUCAGCGCGCUGGAGAAGGUCCAGACGAGCUUCAACGGCUCUGCCAGCGGCGGCAAGAAGGUCUCCCUCGCUGACCUCAUCGUCCUGGCCGGCGUCGCCGCCCUCGAGAAGGCCGCUGGCGUCCCCGUCCCCUUCACCCCCGGCCGCACCGACGCCUCGCAGGAACAGACCGACGUCGAGUCCUUCGCGCACCUCGAGCCCCACAUCGACGGCUUCCGCAACUACGGCACGGGCAACCCGCGCGUCCGCGCCGAGCAAUUCCUUGUCGACCGCGCCCACCUCCUCACCCUCUCUGCGCCCGAACUCGCCGUCCUCGUCGGCGGCCUCCGCGCCCUCAACCUCAAUACGGACGGGUCCGCCACCGGCGCGCUCACCUCGCGCCCUGGGCAGCUCACCAAUGACUUCUUCGUCAACCUGCUCGACAUGAGCACCGCGUGGCGGGCGGCUGGCCCCGACGGCAACCUCUUCGACGGCGUGGACCGGAAGACGGGCGCGAAGAAGUGGACCGCGACGCGCGCGGACCUGGUUCUGGGCAGCCACGCGGAGCUGCGCGCGCUGUCGGAGGUGUACGCGCAGAACGACUCGCAGGAGCGGUUUGUGAGGGAUUUCGUGGCCGCGUGGGAUAAGGUGAUGAAUCUGGAUCGGUUUGAUCUGGGCUCCGGCGCUGGCUCGGAUAAGCCAAGGCUGUGAGGGAUGGAAGGGUUAAUUCCACCACUGGAUGGUUGUGGGUAGCGACUUUCUCCCUUUGAUAAUAUUCCAGUGUCGUUUAGCGGAAUCAAGAAUGACCAAGUCGAUUUCAUGAUAGCAACUUUCGAAUGCCAAGCAGUUCUUAGCAAUUAUAGUGGCCAACCAUUUAACCUGGAUCUAGGCACGGUUAAUCCUGAAAUGAACAGCGAACAAUGUAGAUCUGGCAUCUAUAAGGUAGCCAGAAAUUUGUACAGCGAACUAUAAG